CCCUUGUUGCCCCUUUCUUCCUCGCCUCGCCUGCCUCUGUCUCCUCCUUUCCCCUCCUCCUUCUCAUCUUUACUGCCGUCUGGGAACAUCCCCCCUUGAUCCCCUUGCGUGUCGGUGUUGCCCCUGGAGGCUGCUUGCAAUCUCCUCUCAUCACACCCUGGAGAUCCGCAACAGUAUACCGCCCACGCCUAGUCACUCCUACCACCUCACCCGCAUCUCUCACUCGACAAGGUAGCACCAGAUACAGAUCUCAUACCACACUUCUACAAGGGUACAAUGGCAGAGUCAGCAGGUGAUGCCCCUGAGCGUCCAGGCGCUGCUGUUACAUCGCCUCCCCCACCCGCCCCUUCUUCGGACAAUGGGCCAUCCUCGUCCCAGACUUCCAUCAAGAAGUUGGCUAGUAGCGAGAGUGAGGACGCUAAGCCCGUAGCGCCGCCGUCUGGUACAUCUGCAGCAGAGGCAAAGAAACCCCUCACCACCAACAGCACGACCAAUGCCACCACUGCCACCGCCAAACCGCCAGCUACCGCUCGUCGCAUCAGUACAGUUGGCACCACAACAGCCGGCGCUGCCAAGGUGGCUCCCCGCUCGUCGGUGGCUCCUGGCGCGUCUCGAGCCACGGGCCCUACGGCAGCGGCAGCCGCUCGCGCUGGAGGCACCACGACUACCGGUCGCCCGUCCGUCGCACCUUCGUCUUCUAGCUCCAAGCCACCAAUGUCUUCUGUCACCGCCGCCAGAAGACCUUCUGCUGCUGCCACUACUAGCGCUGUAGCCACCACCACGGCCACCGCACGACCUACAGGUACAGGGGCUACUCCCGUCAAGAAGCCCAUCGGCACCACGGCGAGUACCCGACCUCCUCUUGCUGGUCCCAGGAGCUCUGGUGCGCCUUCCACUGCUCCUGCUCCUGCCUCAGCUGCAGGUCGGGCAGGAAGCGUCACCAGUAGUCGAGCUGGGGGGACCGCUGCUUCCACGACUGCUCGACCUGCUGUUUCCAGUCGGCCAUCGAUCGCUAGCUCUUCUGGAACAUCUACAACUGGAGCCAAGAAGAUGGUCACCGCUGUAGAGCUCAAGGAGCGCCUGACCAAGACGGAGGCCGAUCUGGCUGAGAGUCAAGAGCAGCUCAUUCGGCUUCGUGAAGAGCUCGAGGCCAAGGAAGAAGAGCUCUUGAAGAAGACGCAUGCAUUGGACGUUGCCGAGGCCAAGGCCUCCAGCGGCGGAGCGACGAGAGAAGCUGGUGCGAAGAGCACAGAUGCAAAGGCAGCUUCAGAUGAGGCCAAAGAAGUGGAAGAGCUAUCUGCCAAGCUGGCAGAAAAGGGGGCGCAAAUCGAGUCUCUUCGAAGCGAACUUGCUGCCAUCAAGGAUGCUAAGAAUGGUGAGAAGCAGGCAGAGCUCAAAGACGCUCUAGAACGGGCGAAGAGUCUCACUCAGGAGCUGGAGAGCACCAGAAAGUCCCUCGUGGAAGCCGAGAAGAAGGCGCAAGAGGCCUCUGCUGCACCGAAAGAAGAUCCGGAGGCCGUCAAGGAGCUUCAGAGCGCUCGUGAGGCAGUCAAGGCCCUCGAAGCCCAAGUGUCAUCACUCGAGGAGCAAAAGGCAGACCAGGAGAGGACCACAAAGGGUCAUUCUGAUGAAGCUGAUGGACUCAAGAGUAAGCUCAAGGCACUCGAAGACGAGCUGGCGCUGGCUCAAAAGGCUUCGGAGGGAGACAAGGGCAAGGCUGCCGAAGACGUCAAGAGCAAGGACGAAGAGAUUGCAAGGCUUCGACAAGAAGCCUCUCGACUCGAAGAGGCUGCCAAGAGCUCUCAAGAGGAGCAUCAGAAGCAAGUCGCAGAGGCUAUAGCCACUGCAGAGGAAGCCGCUCGAAGGAAGUCGGACGAGUCUCAUGCCGAUGAAUACGAGAAGCUCAAGGCAGAGCUGGGACGCGCUCUCUCUUCUGCCACCUCACACCAAUCCAGAGCGGUCGACGAAGCUCUGCAGAGGCAAGCUCAUGAGCAUCAAGUGGCUCUGACCAAGGCGGUUCAAGAGGCCGAGGCUAGACUCAAGAGCACUCUUGCUGACGAACACCAGUCCGCCCUUCUCGAUGUGCAGGCAGCGCACGGCACUGCCUUGAGUAAGCUCAGGGACGAGCUUGAUGCGAAGAAGAAGGUCGAAGAAGACGAUGCAAAGAAGGCUGGCGACCAGAACAACGAAGCGCAGGCUGCCUUGCAGAAGAAGUUGUCGGAGCUGCAGAGUGAGCACGAAGCCAAGCUCAAGGCGGCAGAAGAGGCAUUCGAGCAGCGAUUGACUCAGAAGAUUGCCGAAGUCACGGCGGAAAUCGAGAAGAGCCAUGCUGGCAAGCUGCGCGAGCUCGAAGAGCAGAGCAAUGGUCAGCUCGAAGACUUGAAGCAGCAGCACACCGCACGGAUCGACGCAAUUACGACUGAGCAUGUCGAGAAGAACAAGUCCAUCACGGCUGAUCACGACCAGAAGAUUAAAACUCUUACUGCUGGGCAUGAUGACCAGAUCAAAUCACUGAGGGCUGAACACGACAGGAAGCUCAGCGAUGCUGCCAAUGCUGGAGACUCUUCCAGCGCUGCGUUUAGGGCUGAGGCUGAAGCGGCAAAGCAAGAGCUUGAAAAGACGACGGCUGAGCUGAAGAAGCUCUCGGAUCAGAAGGCCGAGGCUGACAAGCAGGUCACGUCAUUGGAGCAAUCUCUCGCCGAUGUCAACAAAUCCUUUGCUGAAGCGAAAAAGACCGCCGUGGACCCCGAGGAGGUAAAGAAGCUCCGUCAGCAACUCAAGGAGAGCCAACGCGAGGCCCAAGAUCAUCAGAAUGCACUGCAACAGGUCAAUCAGAUGUUUGCCGAGCAGAUGCAGAUGCAAGACAAGGAGAACAGUGCCCGUGUCGAGAAGAUGGACAAGGAGAGGGGCGAGCAGACCAGAGCUCUUGCUGAGAAGCGAGCGCAGGAGAUUGGAGAGAUGAGAAGAGCACACGAGAUUGAAAUUGCCAAGAUUCAAAAGAAGCACGAAGAUGGUCUGCAGCUCCUCAACAAGAAGCAGACGGACACGGUCAAGCAACUUUCCACUCUGCAGGAAAAGUUCCGAGCGGUGGAACGAGAUAGGGACGAGGCGCGUCGUCGAGCUGCCGAAGUGGCCGAGGAGCUCAAGAAUGUCGCUGCUGCCUCGGCCAAUGGGAAUGCUUCUGGUCCACAGGCACCCGAUGCAAGCGAACUGGAGGUGCUUCACAGUAAGCAUAAUGCCCGUGUGCAGGAAUUGGCCAAGACGCAUUCGGAGCGCGUGACUGCCCUCGAGGCUCAGCUCAAGUCUUCACAGGAGAGGGUGUACAGUCUGGAAAAGGAUUUGGAGGGCAAGAAGAUGGAGUUGCAACUCUUGCUGCAAGAGGGAGGAGGAGGAGGAGGAGCGGCACAGCAGAAUGGCAAUCCGCAAGUUGAAGCCGGGGUGCGUGCGGACAAGUUGAGGGAGGAAAUUGGAGGCAUUGAGGGCAAGUUGAGGGAGAGGGGCGUUGAGGUGGGACCUUAGGCGAUGAGAAGGCAGAACAAAGAGCGAUAGAUUACCCCAGACGUCCUGACUUUUACCGACAGUCUCUCUUUCUACAAAAACAAUACCAAUUCUAUUUCAUCCCCUUCUC